AUGCCUGAGCACGACGACGAACUCGCCACCAGCCAAACCGAAGGCUUCAAGGUUGGCGAGAAGAAGACUCUAGAAGAAUACAAAAACCUGGACCAAAACGACGAGUCGCUCAACAGAUGGAAGGCAUCUCUUGGUCUAAACACCGGCGACCCCAUUGGCGAUCCCAAUGACCCACGCAAAUGCAUCAUAAAAUCCCUGGCCAUUGAAGCCCCCGGCCGAUCCGACAUCACCCUCGACCUUACCGGGCCGGACGCACUCGAGUCGCUCAAGGAUAAGCCUUUUACUAUCAAGGAAGGCGCCAAGUUCUACACAAAGGUCGAAUUUGCCGUCAACCACGAUGUCUUGAGUGGAUUGAAAUACGUCCAUGUCGUCAAGCGCAAGGGUAUUACAGUGACCAAGGAUGAGGAGAUGCUGGGAAGCUAUGCCCCAAGCACCACCGACAAGACCACCUACACAAAGAGAUUCCACGAAGAAGAGGCUCCCUCCGGCAUGCUCGCUCGCGGUAGCUACUCGGUGAAAUCCCGAUUCAUCGACGACGACAAGCAAGUCCAUCUCGAAUUCCAGUGGUCUUUUAACAUUGCCAAAGACUGGGCCAACUAA